CCAGGCCAGUGUCGCACGUCCGCACGUCUCGGAAGGAUCGGAUGGGAGGGAGGGCGGGCGCCCGGGAGGUAGGCAACGACGGCUCGCCUGAGCACACUCGUGCGCACGCACUGCCUACCUCCCAGGCGCUCGCCUCAGACUAGCCUCAGACGGCUCGCGCAGGUCGAGUGCGCGGGCGGCGUGCUUUCCCCGCGUGCCUUUCACUUCUGCGGGGCGUGCGCGUGGCGUGGCGUGAUGUCGACUUUCACCCGUCGCGACGCAAGCGCCAUGCAACCGUCGGGCAUCAGGGCGGGCCCUGGGGGGGCGGGUGCGGGGGCCCGCAUCUCGACCGCCCCUGCUCCUGGGCAGCAGACGAUGCCCGCCAUGAUAGAGGGCUUUCCGGGCUUCCCGAGCCGCCGUGCGAAGCGAACCCCGCAGUCUAUGGAGAGCAGCAGUACCAUGGACAACAGGCGCAGGUUCCCCCGCACCUCCCGGAUGCGGCCGCUGGACGUGCUCGUGGGCGUGCUGUUGGUGCUGGAGGGCCCGUGGACCGCGGGGCCGUUGGCGGGGACCUGGCCGCUGUUGCCAGUGGCCGCCUGGGAUCAGUGGGACCGCGCUGACCACCCUGCAAACCACCCCCAGUGGCCAUCCGCCAACUCCGGCCCGGGGGACUUUUCCUUCGACUCGCCCAGCUUGUGGGACAACCUGAUCGGCGGCGCGGUGGCCCCGUCGUGGCGCGCAGACGCCCCCGCCGUGACCCCGGAGCCACCCCUCACAACGGCGGCGACGCCGGGCCACUCGGCCCUGGCCUGCAACUUCUCCGACUGGCGGCCGGUGGCAGCCCCGUGGCCUGACCGCCUGCAGGAGUCCUGGGACCGAGUGGACGCGGUCGCGCCCGGACAGACGACGCAGCCGCCCAAGCCGUUCAGGCCCAGCCAGCCUCUGGUGGAGAGGCCCGCCCGCGCCCCCGUGCGCAUCCCCGCGCCCCCGUGCUACGCCUCCAUACAGCUGCCUCGCCCCGCCGCGGCCGCCCCGACCGCCACGUUCCAACUUCUCUACUCGCCCGACCCCUUGCCAUCGACAGCCUGGGACGCGAAGGCUGAGACCUCGAGAUGCCUGUGGACGCUGGUCGCGCCCGCAGGGUACAACGUCUCCGCGGCGGUGUCCAUGGGGGCGUGGGGGAGCGGGCGGGGCGCGCUGCACCUCUACGCGCAGGCGGCGGACGGCGAGCUGCAGCCCGUGUUCAGCCUCAGGGCGCCAGCGCAGAGCAGCGCCGAGGUACACACGCACACCAGCGUGGCCGUGCUCGCAACGGCGCUGCCCGCGGCCGCCACCUUCACGCUCCGGGUGAGGGUGUCGUCGGGCGCCUCGUCGACCGGGCCGCUGCUGGCCGACACGCUGCAGCCUCCGCCGGGCCAGCAGAGGCCCUGGGGUGAGUCCUGGGAUCAGGGUAAGCCGGGCUCCUCGUCGUGGCGCCCAAAGCCCUACCCGUACCCGGCCUCCAAUGUGGACGUCGAGGCCGUCGACCUGACGCACCAGCACCAAGCUGCCAACUGCGAGGUGCAGCAGACGACAACGACGACAACGACGCAUCGACCUGCGGGCGCGGCACCGCCAUCCACACCGCCAUCCACACCGACGCCGCCGAGGGACGAGGAUGAGGACGAGUCCCCCGCUCCCAACGGCCCCUCCGCCGCCCCUUCACCCGAGAAACCAGCACAACCCCAACGGCCCGCCGCCGCCGCCGGAAACAACAAGCCCUCCACUUCGACCGCCCGGCCCGCCUCCGCUCCCCCGGCCCCCGCCCUCGCCGCCGCUUCAGGCGCCGCCACCACCACCGCGGCGACCACUUCAUCCCGCAGCCCGCCCCCGGGCCCGCCCCCCGACAAGGCCACGGGGACGACUGCAAAGCCCGUCCCCAGCCAGGGCCAGUCCAGCGUCAACAAGAAGCCGUGACCGAAGGGGGUCGAUGCAAAGGCGUUGGCAGACGCCUUCCACUGCAUUGCGAUCGGAUCUGUGGCGCCGCGGGGGCGCCGGCCAGCCGCGCCUGCAAGCAUGCUGCAAGCCUGUGCAUGAGAAUGAGUGGGUGUUCUGCGGCACGUCUCGCUCGCGGCUGCCCAAGUUAAGUUCGGGGCACGCGAUCGGCAUGGUGGGGGGCGCACCGCGGCCGCGCGUUAUGGUGGCGACUGAGGGAGGGAAGUUCGACCUUACGCGCAACGACGCAAUGUUCUUGGCAUAGUCACAAAGAGCCGAUGAUGUACAUUUUAAAACGUCACUUUAAUUUUGGAUGUCGAAAUACAAAGAUACAAAGUUUUUA